AUGGCGGACCGAGAGCCUUCAACCAAAGAAAACACUUUGUCCAGGCCGCUGGAGAUCCCAGACAAUGACUGGAAAAUCAGCCUCUAUGAUCCUGGCGAUGAUAUGGACGGUACCCGAGCAUAUCUUCUCCCCUGUGACAUGUUCGGCCGCACCCGAUACCGCUUGAACCUGAUGGAACAGGGACACGAUCCUCUUGAUCUCGCCGAUUACGAAGAGUGCAACCCAACUUGUUGGAAGUUCUUCGGGUUGUGCACUGGAGGUUUAUACAUCGGCAGCGGCAUCUACACCGGAAAAGAGACGACCAGGAUCCGUGAAAAGUAUGGCAUCAAGGGCACAACAGGAGACGAUAUUACCAAAGGCAUCCUCUGUCAGCCAUGUUCCCUGAUUCGAAAUGACCUCGAGAUCCGCCAGCGUGAGAGCAUGAAACGAGAGGCCGAUCUCCCUCCUCCGCGGCCCAUCGGUGAGAGCUACCAGCCCAUCUUCGCCAUCAAGCCCGAUGGCUACAAGUCGGAACCGCGAAUGACUACUCCCCGAGGCAUCCUGAAGCCGAUCACGUCUCCGGAAACGUCAUCUCCGCCGGAUGGCCAGCCUACUCUUCGGGAAGUGCGCUUCCACGAACCAGGACAGGCAAAUGCACCCAAUGUUGCUGCCUCGCAUCCUACUGAAGUUGGCUAUGUUUCUCAAUCCCCCGUUAGCCCUGGCACCGAGGCUGGUCCCUCGAAUGUCAACCAACGACGCAACAGAGAAGGAACUUUGACUCCCAUCGAAGAAGCAGAGAAUCAAGCUGUGGAAGAAAGGAAGAGGAGCACCAUUUUGGGCCCGGCAAUGAACACCUUCCAAAGAACGACAAGCCCUCCUGUCAUGCACGUCACCACCAGCAAUGCCCCCAUCCAGGCGCCAAUUCCGACUCGUGACCACGACAGAUCUAGAAAACGUCGAAGCCCGGACACGGAUCCGUUGGCAGAACCCGUGCAAUCCCGGGAAUCCCCUCGGAGGGCAUCCACCGGAUCGACCAGCGUGCGGGGUCCUGAAUACCAACCUGAUCGUUUUGAAGAUCCAGGCCGGCCCCGGCAAUCGCCUUCAAAGGUACUUGCUGGAUCUACUAAUGACCGGAGCCCUGAGUCUCGACCAGAUCGACAUGAAGAGCUGAGCCAAUCAGCGCCGAAUCGGGCCCUGAACUCACUCCCAAACGCAGCCAGAUCUACCAAUGUUCGUAGUCCUGGGCUUCAGCCUGGCCGGCUUGAAGCGCCGCGCCUUUCUGCGGAUUCGCCCACAAAGACAAUCGAGUCUAACGUUGCCGGGGGCUUGUCUGAUUCGCCCCCAACUUCACAAAGAUCCCUCGACAUCCAGCUGUCUGAGUACAGAUUCGAUGAACCCUCUGCACAAUUCCCCGUGAUCGAAGCGCGCGUCCCAUCCCCCGAUCUCUCUCGAAAAGCACCCAACAUUGGAAAGGCCCGUACUCCAGUCCGCAAGUCCAGAUUUUCCGAGGAAUUUGAUCACCCAUCCGCCGAUGAAAUGUUCUCACAGAUUCCUGACGCUGCCCCAAGCAGCUCCCUCAAUGCUCCUCCCCGACUUCCGCAUUUGCCUGGUGCAUUCGACACUCCAUCUAUGCCACCCGCAACCAUCCCUGCAGGCUCUCCUCACGUUUCUACUCAGCUCCCCCAGCUUCCUGGUGCAUUCCCUUCCUCUUCACACUCUGAGACACCCAACAUGAAGCCAUCAGCUCUCGAGCAGCUUGCCGCCCUGCGUGACGUGGCGAACCAGUCUCCCAAGGUGGUCACAGUUGAGGAAGCGGAAGCCGUGAUUUCAGAAUCGAUCCGUGGCCGGGUUGAUGAGCCGCGAAUCGGUGAUCGUCCCCAUGACAUUUCCCAAGACUUGCAAAUUCCGGACGUGACUCGUCCGCAACCGCAUAAUCUGGGCACCGAUACCCUCGUUGGCUUGCCUCAGCAGCCGGAAGCUCACGACCUUGGCAAGGAUACUAUCCUCAACUUGCCUGACCAGCAGCAUGAGCCUCACGGUCUGCAUGUAGAUCCCAAGGUUGCGCUUGCCGCCUCCAGGGCCAGAGACCAUCCCAUCGAGUCCGAUCCCCGCAUCAAUUCGCCCAAACCGAGCUCCAUCCGCGAUCACAGGAUUGCCGAAGACAAGCACCCCACGGUUCCCAGAACUGGCGGUCCUUUCAGGCAUGGCAUCCAUCUGGACCAGCGCGUCGCAACUCCUCCGGCCUUGGUGCGGCCGCAUGAUCUCCUCGAAGACAGACAAAUUGCCACACCAAGUCCUAGUCCUGGUGGUGAGAACCACAACCUUGCUUCCGACGCCAGGAAUGCGAGCCCAGGUCUGGGAUCAAAACUGGGAGGUCUAGCAGCUGGAAGACCGCACUCGCUUCGCCAUGAUAGUCACGUCGGGACGCCGAAACAUUCGGGAGAAAAUAUUCAUGAUUUGGUGUCUGAUGCCCGAGUGUCGUCGCGUGCUGAUCUUCCGUCGCCCGAUGCAAGGGCCGAUGCAAGGGUAUCAGCCGAGGCCGGGCAGGAUGCAAGGGUGUUGGCUAGGACCGGACCGGUGAGUCCACAGGCGAAGAGUCCGGAGCCGAGAAGUCCCCCGCCCAAGAGAGUGGCUGCUGCUAGUCCGUCUUUGAGCGCGUCCAGCAUCAGCAUUGGGACCAGAGCGCACCAGUUGCUGGAACACUUUUUGGAGAGAGAUCGGAGGGGCGCAGAGCGGAGAAGUGGGAGUAAGUCGUGA